UCACGUGCCGGCAGGAAGUGGCGUCCACUGCGGAGAAUCCGAGAUGGGGACCUCCCUGGACAUCAAGAUUAAAAGAGCGAACAAGGUUUAUCACGCCGGGGAGCUGCUCUCUGGCGUGGUGGUCAUCACUAGUAAGGAUUCCGUCCAACACCAAGGAGUUUCUUUGACGAUGGAAGGGUCUGUAAACCUCCAGCUCAGUGCCAAAAGUGUGGGUGUGUUUGAAGCGUUUUAUAACUCUGUCAAGCCUAUCCAGAUUAUCACCAGCACCAUAGAAAUGGUGAAGCCAGGAAAAUUCCCCAGUGGCAAGACAGAAAUUCCUUUUGAAUUUCCACUCCACGUGAAGGGUAAUAAAGUUCUGUAUGAGACCUACCAUGGUGUGUUUGUCAACAUCCAGUAUACACUGCGCUGUGACAUGAGGCGGUCUCUGCUGACCAAGGACUUAACCAAGACCUGUGAAUUCAUCGUUCACUCUGCCCCUCAGAAGGGGAAAUUGACUCCAACCCCCGUGGACUUCACUAUCACCCCUGAAACCUUGCAGAAUGUCAAAGAGAGAGCCUUGCUGCCCAAAUUUCUUAUUAGAGGACAUCUCAACUCAACUAACUGUGCUAUCACAGAGCCGCUGACAGGAGAGCUGGUUGUGGAGCAUUCCGACGCAGCCAUCAGGAGCAUAGAGCUGCAGCUGGUCCGAGUGGAGACCUGUGGCUGCGCAGAAGGCUAUGCGCGAGAUGCCACGGAGAUUCAGAAUAUCCAGAUCGCUGAUGGGGAUGUGUGCCGGGGCCUCUCUGUUCCCAUCCACAUGGUUUUUCCCAGGCUCUUCACUUGCCCUACUCUGGAGACCACCAACUUCAAAGUGGAAUUCGAGGUCAACAUCGUGGUGCUGCUUCAUGCUGAUCACCUCAUCACAGAGAAUUUCCCACUGAAGCUCUGCAGGACGUAGCCCACGAGGCAUGUGGGAGACGCACGCCUUCGUGGAAAUCCAGCUGGCUGCCAGACUGUUAGGGAGAGACACAGCUGCGGCACAUACUUGUUCUCUUGAUUAUUCUGUGUCAGAACUGAAUCUGACUCCCCAAAGUCUAAUCACCCUCAUCCUCAUUCCCUGAAGGCUCCUGCUUCCAGUGGGCGGGGCGUCUUGUAAUCAGACUCUUUGUUUGAAAUGAAGCAGGAUUUCUGAA